UCUCCAAAUGACGAAGAAGAAGAAGAAGAUAAGGAAGGAGGCUUCAUUCCUGCUGAAAGUCUGAAACUCUACGUGCACACGGGGAGACCACACAAUGGAGUCUGGUUUCAGCACUGGUGCAAAAAAGGAGCUGCUGUGCGCCUUUUGCGCUGCCUUGCUCCUCGUCAGCGCAAUCGCCUCUGCAGAGGAAGGCACUCACCUGAAGAACUCCCAGUGUCACAACUACGCUGGAGGACACGUCUAUCCUGGAGAGGCUUUCCGUGUGCCCGUGUCCGACCAUUCCCUGCAUCUCAGUAAAGCCAAGAUUUCAAAGCCUGCCCCCAACUGGGAAGGAACUGCUGUCAUUGAUGGGGAGUUCAAGGAGCUCAAGCUGUCCGACUACAAGGGAAAAUACCUUGUUUUCUUUUUUUAUCCUUUGGACUUCACAUUCGUCUGCCCCACUGAGAUCAUUGCUUUCAGCGAUCGCGUGCAUGAAUUUCAGGCCAUCAACACUGAGGUGGUCGCCUGCUCGGUGGAUUCCCAGUUCACCCAUUUAGCUUGGAUCAACACCCCCAGGAAGCAGGGUGGACUCGGACCAAUGAAAAUCCCUCUGCUGUCUGACCUCACACACCAGAUUUCAAAAGAUUAUGGAGUCUACUUGGAGGACCAGGGUCACACGCUGAGAGGUCUUUUUAUCAUCGACGGCAAAGGCAUCCUGAGGCAGAUCACCAUGAAUGAUCUUCCCGUGGGAAGAUCAGUGGAUGAGACUCUGCGGCUGGUCCAGGCCUUCCAGUACACAGACAAACAUGGAGAAGUGUGUCCAGCAGGAUGGAAGCCAGGCAGCGACACUAUCAUUCCUGACCCCUCAGGCAAGCUGAAAUAUUUUGACAAACUGAACUGAACAACUUUUCUGCUUUCCCUCCCAAACGUUUUAAUUCCAACCAAGUUCAAAUAAAAUCUUUUUUUUUUUUUUUUC